AUGCUUCACCUCGACCAACCGCCAUUGGCUCCAUCGACGCUCUUCGUUUUAUUUAUUUUUUCCUGCACCUGUCUAUCGCUUGCUCACAAUUUAGAUUGUACUAUAACAAAAGGCAGAUCGUUGAUGGGCAUUAAGGAGACGCCGGAUGGAGGUAAUGUCACCUUUGAUUGUUCUCCUUCGGGCCCUUGCAUACCCUGCUCGCGCUCUGAAAAGAGUGAUGAAAAGUAUCGUUGUAGCGAAACUGGAUAUCGCAUUCGUUUGAAAUGCAUUCCCUCUGGAGCUGCUUCGAAGGAUGUGAAAAAUUCGGAAGCACACAAGACAAGAUCUAUGCUUGAGCAUAGGAAUUUUGGUUCUAAUCAGCCUCGUAUGGACCUAUUUAUUUCCUCAAAAGUUCAAAGAAGGUUACUCGUUGAGUCAUCCAAAUCAAAAGGUGGAUCAGGUGCUUAUGUCACUUAUAGGAGCUGUAUACCUGCUGUAAAUGAUGAAAGAAUGUCAGUGCUAGGUUUUGAGGCGCUUAUGUUAGCUAUGCUAAUAAGCAGUGGUUCUUUUAUAUACUUCAAGCGAAAGCGAAGUAGCGCUGCAGUCGGUAGUGGGCCAACGAGAUUCUCUACUAAUUCUAGGUUCUAA